ACGCUCUAUGCCAGUCGUGGACGAAGUAUCCAAGCGGCCGCAGGAUGGUCGCGCUCGCUUGCUUCUCCGUCGCGGUGUCACAAUCGAAGCAGAUCAGUCGGAGCGACGAUGAGCCUCAAGCACGCUGCCCUUACGGACCUCGCGGCGGCGCGCUCGGCCGACAAGCACUGGGCCAUGCCGCCCAGUCCGUCCAAGCCAUCGCCCCGUCGCUCCGAGAUCGCCCGAUCCUCUUCCUCGACGGACGCGGUGGCGGCGCUGCUCGUCGUCAUGCAGCUGCCCGUCUUUGGCGACUACUGCUACCUCGACGAAUGGGUCGCACUGGCCGCCACGUGCCAAGUGCUUCGCCAGGAGAUGCGCAUGUACACGCGCACCGUCGAUAUUGUACCGUUCCGCGCGGUCAUCUCGGACCUCCACACGUCGCAGCUCCUCACCACGUUCAGCCACAUUGCGACGCUGCAGCUCACAGGCUGCGCGACGAUCACGGACGCUGGCCUUUCCGGCUUGUGUCACCUCUCGCAGCUGCACACGAUCGACCUCAAGGGCUGUGACCGCAUCACCGACGCGACCUUGAUGCAGCUCGCAUGCCUUCCUCGCCUCAUCAAUCUCAACCUCGGCUACUGCAGCAAGGUGACAGUUGACGGUAUUCGCGCGAUCGCCGCCAACGGGACGCUCGCAACGCUCGACCUCAAGAGCUGCAAGCUCGUGGAUGACGCCGCCGUGAGCGCCCUCGCGCCACUCCGCACCACGCUUCGGGGGCUCAACCUCUGGUACUGCUUCCAAGGCCAGCUCAGCGAUGCGAUUUUCGAGACACUGUCGUCGUUUCUGCAUUUGCGCCACCUCAACAUUGCCAACUGCAGUCAGCUCUCGGAUACGGGACUCGCCAAGCUCGCGGCGUGCACCGAGUUGGAGUCGCUCGAGCUCGCCAACCUCAGCGAAUUGACGGACGUUGGCCUCCACGCCCUCACGCCGCUGCGCAAGAUGAUGUCGAUCGACCUCUCGGGCUGCUACUCGGUGACGGACGCCGGCACGUCUGUCUUUCGAUCGUGGCCGGCGCUCACGACCUGCAACCUGUGGUACUGCUCCAACAUCACCGACGCGACCGUGACGGCGCUUAGCGGCUGCCACGACCUCAUUUACUUGAACCUGAUGAAGUGCAUCCAGCUCACGAACGCGUCCAUGGCUGUCCUUGCCAAGCUGCAUUCGCUUCAAACCCUCGACCUCAGCAACUGCGACAAGAUCACUGACGACGGCCUCGCGCUUCUUGCGAUGCUGCCGCGCCUGUCGUCCAUCAACUUGAGCGCAUGCGGUGGUAUCUCGGACUCUGGUGUCUACGCGUUGCGGUCGGUCUCGUCCCUGAAGACGCUGGAUCUGAGCAACUGCCGACAGCUGGGCGACAAGGCGCUCGAGGGCAUCGGCCACCUCUCCCAGCUCACUUCUCUCAAUCUGAUGCGCUGCAGCAGUAUCACGGACGCAGGUGUCGCGCAUCUUGCGCCCUUGUCGUCGCUCAGUUCGCUCAACAUGGCCAACUGCCGGGACCUCACGGACGCUAGUCUUGCCGUGCUGGGCCAACGGCUCACCAGUCUCGAAUCGCUUGUGCUGUGGUACUGCCACCUGCUCACGGACGCCGGCGUUGCCCACCUAAGCGCGCUCAAGCGCCUGACGUCACUGGAUCUCGCGAGCUGCAACCUCUUGACCAACGAUGCGCUCGUGGCGCUGGAGACGUUGCCGCUCGAGUCGCUCGACGUUGGCAACUGCUGCCUCAUCAACGACGACGGAAUGACCGCGCUGGCCCGCAUCUCGACGCUCAAGUCGCUCAACUUGGCCGAGUGCGGCGACCUCACCGACGUCGGUAUCGCGCAUUUGACAGCGCUCUCCAACUUGACGUCCAUCAACCUUUGGUAUUGCGACAAGAUCACCAACGAAGGCGUUAACGUGCUCGCCCGCGCCACAUCGAUCGCCGUCGAUCGAUAGAAUAUAGAAUGUAACUUGCGUGUCAGUAGAACUUUCAAUGUAUCAAGUACGUCAGAAACGCCUGAAGUAAGACUUGUCGGUGAG